AUGAACACUACUUCCCCAGUCGACAGAGGUCCUACCAGGCACCCGACAAAUGGAUCUUCAAGACCAGUUGAGCAGAGAAGUGAGGAUCCUAACAAUCUCCUCUCUCCUACCAACCGGUUACCGGGAAUUAGGACGGCGGGACCCUCCCAACAGGACAGAAGGGAAAGGUCGUCUAUCCCUCGAAGGGCAGCAGCGGUUGAUGAGCACACACUUGUGAGGGGGUCGGUGAGAGGACAACCAAUAUCAAGAACUACUGUCAACCACCGUCAGAUUGACCUCGGAAUAAACUCUGAUCACCACACACCAAGCCCUGAUGUCGAAAUGGCUCCUGAUGAGGGAGCUGAUUUCUUUGACUGUGAUACGCCAAAUGAGGCUUUGGAUGUUGCUAAUCUGUCAGAAAUUUGGAAUUGCCAUGGGGCGGCAUCAAGAACAUUUCGCCGUACCCUCAAACUUUUCUUGCAUGAGCAUAAACCCAGCAUUUUGUGCUUCCUGGAACCAAAAGUUUCUGGAGAACAAGCUAAUGAUAUUUGCUUUGAUCUUGGUUUCGACCAAUGGCUUAGAGUCGAAGCCCUUGGCUUCUCGGGUGGUAUAUGGGUCCUUUGGAAAGAUGUCCUCCAAGUAGCGACCCAUAAGACCAACCCUCAAUUCAUUUUACUGAGUAUUAAAGAGGAAAAUUCACAACCUUGGAAUCUCUCCUUUGUAUAUGGCAGCCCGGAUCACGCCCUCAGACAAUACCUAUUUGAGGAAUUAUCUCAAGUAGGCCUUAACUUGCAGGGACCGUGGCUCUCAGUUGGUGACUACAAUUCUGUCCUUUCUAUUAAUGAGGUUUCUAGUACUAAUCUAUCUUCUACACGAUGUGCAGGGUUUAGGAGAUGGAUUUUCGAGGAAGGAUUAAUUGAUCUAGGCUAUGAGGGACCCCAAUUUACAUGGCGCAGAGGUCUUAGUACAACCUCUUUUAGGGCAGCCAGGCUGGACCGUGCUCUGAGCAACCUUGAAUGGAGAUUACGCUUCCCGGAUGCAAGGGUAUACCAUUUUCCCAUAAUCAACUCUGAUCAUGCCCCCAUCCUUAUCAGCACGAUGCUAAGCCAUAAGCAUUUUGGUCCGAAGGAGUUUAAGUACAGUGCAGCCUGGGCGUCACACCCGGAGUUCUCUAACUUCAUCAAGAAUAAUUGGAACUCAGACCAAUCACUUGAACAAGCCAAAAAGGCACUAGCAGCAAAGCUUCAAAGUUGGAAUCGCAGCUCUUUUGGGAAUAUAUUCCAAAGGAAAAGAAGAGUCCUAGCAAGAAUCAAAGGAACACAAAGAGCUCUUGAUAGUCACCCAAGGACUGGCUUGAUCAAGCUGAAUAACAAACUGCAUAAGGAGCUAGAUGAAAUCCUUAAUCAAGAAGAACUCUAUUGGUUUCAGAGGUCACGGGAAGACUGGAUAGCAACCGGGGACCGGAAUACAGGCUUUUAUCAUGCUGCCACAACUGUCAGAAAGGCAUAUUCGAAAAUCACCAGGUUAAAAAACUGUCAAGGUGAUUGGCUGGACUCAGAUGAGGACAUUUCGGAUCAUAUUACUCAAUUCUUCAGAGAGCUAUAUACGGAAGAGGACAGAAUAGAAAAUCAAGCAGGCAUGUUUCGUAUGGCCCCCUUCAAAGCCCCCGGUCCCGAUGGGUACCAUGCUGGUUUUUUCCAACAAAACUGGUCGGUGGUGGGAGAAAGCUUAGUGUCCUUUGUAAUGGACUACUUAAAAACUGGCGUCCUUGCAGAAGGAUGUAAUGAUACGAUCAUAACCUUGAUACCAAAAGUUCUGAAUCCAGAAAAUGCUAAGCAGCUUAGACCCAUCAGCUUGUGCAAUACUUCUUACAAGGCUUAUGACAGGUUAUCAUGGAGUUUUAUCCACGACACCCUUCAAGAGGCAGGUUUCAGUAAUCUCUGGGUUAGACAUAUCAUGGGUUGCAUUACAACAGCAAGAUUGGCAGUCUCCAUCAACGGCAAGCUUUCACAAUGGCUCAAGCCAUCAAGGGGCAUCCGACAAGGUGAUCCUAUAUCCCCGCUUAUCUUCGUACUGUGUAUUGAACGAUUAAGCCACCUUAUCCAUGAGAAGGUGGAGAAAGGUCUUUGGAAAGGGAUUAAAGUAGCCAGAAAUGGUCCGUGUAUUUCUCACCUUCUUUUUGCCGAUGACAUGGUUCUUUUUGGAGAAGCAUCAACAGAACAAGCACGGGUAAUCAAACAUUGCUUAGACCUUUUCUGCAAUAGCUCAGGGCAGAAGGUGAACUUCGACAAAUCCCUACUGCAUUUUUCGAAGAACACUCCCUCUGCCAUCCAACAAGUAGCUGAGAUUCUGGGUAUUACAGUUACUGACAACUUAGGCAGAUACUUGGGGGUACCUUCUCACCACGGCAGACUGAAAAAAGACUCCUUUCAAGGGAUUGUUGAUAAGAUUCGAGACAGGUUAUCAGGCUGGAAAAUGAAAACCCUCACCUUAGCAGGAAGGAAGGUCCUUGCCCAAGCAAUUCUCUCGACCAUACCUAUGUAUGCAAUGCAAUCUACGCUUAUUCCCCUGGGAAUCCUUGAUGAAAUUGAAAAACUUAUUCGAGCCUUCCUAUGGGGAGGGUCUGUCAACAAUAGGAAGUGCAACCUUGUGGCAUGGGAUACAGUCACGAAGGAUACGAAGGAUGGAGGUAUUGGAAUUAGGAAUCUGGCAAACAUGAAUUUAGCUUUUAUGAUGAAAUUGGGAUGGAGACUACACUCGGGCGAAGAAUGA